AUGGCUUCCAUGGGGUUCAGCUAUGCGCAGAUACAUGUGCGGCAGGAGAAGAUCCGGCAGAGGAUCAACCAACAAGAAGCCGCCAAGAAGACGACCGUGAAGAGUAUCGGUGAAGGAGAUAAGAUCAAGAAGAAAAACUGCGACUCAUGGACCGCCGCCGGCAGGGUGCAUCCGUGCGCGUCUUCCACGGCCGCGGCGGCGGCUACGGCUAGGCCGGUGCCAGAGAGGUGA